AUGACUAGAUCAGGAUUAGAAACUGAGAGCUACCCAAGUGGUGGCAGAACAUUGACCACCGGAAAGAAGAUUGCCAUCUUUGUUGGAACCGUCGCUACCGCCUCCUUGUUGAUCUUGCUGCUGGUGUUCCUCGUACCUAGAAAGGACACUUGCUCAGAUAACAACAACAACAACACACCAAUCGUAUCCAACAAGCCACUCAAUGUCAUCGUCUUUGUACCAGAUGGAUUCGGACCAUCUGGAGCCACCCUCGGCCGUGUCAUGAAGCAACUCACCACCGGCAAACCAACUGGAGCCCUCAACUUUGACCCAUACCUCACCGGAACCAUCCAGACCAAGUCGUCCAACAGUUUGAUCACCGACUCUGCGGCCGCCGCCUCUGCCUACUCAACUGGAUUCAAGUGUGCCAACGGUGCCAUGGGUGUCAACGACAAGUCCGAGCCAAUCGGUACCAUGUUCGAGGCCGCCAAGACCAAGGGAAUGAAGACUGGAGUCGUCGUCACCACCAGAAUCUCAGAUGCCACCCCAGGUGGUUUCUACUCCCACACUGUCAGCAGAGGUUACGAGGACUUCAUCAUCUCCCAGUUCAUCAACCGCAACAUGUCUGUCGCCCUUGGUGGUGGCAAGAAGUACUUCAACGCCACCGUCAUGGAGAAGGCCAACAAGAUGUACAACGUUGUCUACGACAAGGAUGCCAUGAACAAGGUUACCACCGGUAACAUCUUGGGUCUGUUUGCCGACGCCGACCUUCCAUACGAGAUCGACAGACUCAACAACCAGAACUACUCCAAGAUCCCAUCGCUCGCCGAGAUGACCGCCAAGGGACUCGAGCUGAUCUCCCAGAACAACGACAAGGGUUUCAUCAUGUUGGUUGAGGGUUCCAAGAUCGAUCUUGCUGGCCACGACAACGACGCCUUUGCCCACUGGCAAGAGACCCUUGCAUUUGACAAUGCCUUCCAGGUUGUUUUGGACUUUGCCAACAAGGACAACAACACCGUCCUCGUCAUGAUGGCCGACCACGAGACUGGAGGUCUUACCCUUGGUCUUCAGCCAAACAACAUGGUCGGUGCCAUCUACGAGUUCUUCCCAGACUUCCUGCUCUCAAACAACGGCUCUGCCCAGACCAUUGCUAAGGCCAUCCUCAGCAUGAAGAACUUGAACUCCACCACCACCCCAACCAUCGUCCAGGCAAUCAACAGCGCUGUCAACUCCUACUACAAGCCAGGCAACUGGGACACCAACCCCAACACAACAUUCACAACAGCCGAGCUCGACCAUCUCUCAGCCCUUUACGUAAAGGCCGACAGCUCAUUGCUCUCCGAGUACAUUGGCCGUUACAUGUCUGUUCGCGCUAAGAUUGGCUGGACCACCGGAGGUCACACUGGUACCGACAUCAACCUGUACAACCACUACACUGGUAACACCACCUUUGUCCAGAUGAACAUGUUGAAGGGUAACCACGACAACACUGACAUCUCACGUUACCUUGCCACCAUCCUCGGAUUGGAUCUUGCUGCUGAGACUGCCAAGUUGGCCGGUACUCCAGUCAAGCCAUAA